CUCAUGCUGACUUCAAGGAUCUGACAUCCUGUUUUAGUCUUCACACACUGACCACAAGUUUGUCUGCCACUAGCUUUAAAGAGAAGAAGAGUGCUGGUUACUUCCACACAUCUACAUAGUAUCAAAGAACUAAAUUGUUCAUGUCUAAUUGUUAAAGAGCAGAAAUGUCUGAAGAUACUUAUGACGAUGUGAUCAGGACUGAGUCUGAGAGAAUGAAGACACACAGAGCAGAGAUGACGGUGGUUAUCUAUGAGAAUGCAGACUGUGAGAGAGUUUAUGACUUCAGGACAGGGACAAACACACACCAACCACGUCAGCAUACAGGAAGUGAUUCGGUGAGGAUCAGAAACUACAGAUCAGCUGUAGUGUGUUUAGUGCUGCUGUGUGUUCUUCUGCUGACUGCACUCAUAGUGCUGUGUGUCCACAUUCAUACAAACAAAAUAAACUACACACAAGUGAGAGAUGAGUUAAUAAUAAAAAAAGGAAAUCUGUCGAAUGACAGAGACCAGCUUCCAGCUGUUGGCAAAGAUCAGUGCUCUUACAACCCUAAAUGGAUAACAUACAAGCGCAGUUCCUACUACAUUUCCUCUGAGUGGAAGAACUGGGCUGACAGCAGACAAGACUGUUUGCAGAGAGGAGCAGAUUUAAUCAUCGUAAAUGACAAAGAGGAACAAGAAUAUAUUACAAUGGUCACUAGUGGAAACAUUGUGUGGAUUGGCCUGACUGACAGUGAUACAGAGGGGGUCUGGAAGUGGGUUGAUGGCAGCACACUGACCACUGGGUUCUGGAAUCCUGUGGAGCCCAAUAACAAAACUGGAAAUGAGGAUUGUGCUGUAUCUUACUUUCACUGGGCUGAUUAUCCAUGUAAUUUUACCUUUGUAUGGAUUUGUGAGAUGAAUUUAGAGGUUUAACAAAGCUGUUACAUCAAACCUGUACAUCCAAA